AUGACUAUCUCCCGAGUCGGCGUCGGCAACGCCAGCGCGAGUCCAACAUCCGCAUUGCUUCUACAAAUCCUGCAAGAUAUAUCGGGCCGCAUCGCAACAAUCUGUUUUGCCCACCGCGUCGGCACAGCCCUGGAGCCAGAAUGUAAAACCUACCGACUAGCAGCAGACGUCUUCAACGACAUCGCCAUGAUCCUCGACUGUCUCUCGCCGGGUGUUCCCGCCGGACCGGCGCGGGUGAUUGUCCUCAGUACAGCCGGUGUCCUCAGAGCCCUCUGCGGCGUAGCCGGGGGCAGCUCGAAGGCGAGCUUGAGUGCUCAUUUUGCCAAAUGGGGGAAUCUGGCGGAGCUUAAUGCCAAGGACUCGUCUCAGGAGACGGUCAUUUCUCUUUUCGGCAUGCUGGUCGGAUCUGUAGUCAUCUCCCACAUAACCAGCUUCAGCACAACCUGGCUUGUCCUCCUAUUCCUCCUAGCCCUGCAUCUAAGCAUGAACUACGCCGCCGUGCGCGCCGUCCGAAUGACAAGCCUAAACCGCCAGCGCGCGAACAUCGUCUUCUCAGCCCUCCUAGCCUCCGAUAAGAGUCUAGCACUAGCACUAGAACUCGAUCUCGAUUCUACUACACCCGCCCCACCCAAAAAGAACUGGACAAUCCUCACACCAGCACAGGUAGCCGAACACGAGCGUAUCUUCCACCGGGACGGAGCGUUGCAGUGGACGCAACACUCGGGCACGCAUACAGUAACCCACCAUCUAGGAUCCGCGCAGAUAGGCGUAUCCGUGUCUACUUUCCUGGGCGGUUCUGGCUCCGGUAGUACAUUGUCUGCUCUCUUGGGUGGAUCUGUGUCCGGUAGUACAUCGUUCCGACGCACCCUCCCGCUACAGCGGCUUGCGACUGUUUUCGCGGAUGAGUUUUAUAUCCUGUUUCUUGUGCCGUCGGCUGCGGGAGAAGGUGUGAAGUGGCAUGGUUCGAUUCUUCUGAAGCGGGGUUGUGCGGUUGAGCAUCAGUUAAAGGCAUGGGCUCAUGCUUUGCUGGCUGCAAGGGUCUUGGCCCGGAUCACAAUGGGUUCCUCUGUUGAUGCGGUUCUCACUGUUGUUGAGGGGACGCUUGCUUUGCUGAAUACCGAGAACCGAUUUGAGAAGUAUCUGACGGGGUUGAGUGAUGUCGGGUGGGAUGUUGAUAUUGCUGCCUUGGAGACGAGAGGUGGGCGGAGGAUUGAUCUGUGA